GCAUGCGUACAGGCUGCGGGGGGCCAGGUCCACGGAGAUAUUUGUUCCGGGGGGAAGAGUUUUCCCGGAGGCACUAAUUCCUUCUUUUUCCGGCAAGCUCGGCCCGGAAGCGCAGUGUCGGGGCUGCGGACUUACCGGCUCCUUGUCCUUCCCCGGUGGCAGUCGGGGCGUGGUCGCUGCGGGCCGGGCUCACGCGUGCCAGCGAUGGAGGGGCAGCGGGUGGAGGUGGACGGCGGGAUCAUGGAAGGGGGCGGCCAGAUCCUCAGGGUCUCCACCGCCCUGAGCUGCCUCCUGGGCCUCCCCUUGCGCGUGCAGAAGAUCCGCGCUGGCCGCAGCACGCCGGGCCUCAGGCCUCAGCAUUUAUCUGGACUGGAAAUGGUUCGAGAUUUGUGUGAUGGGCACCUGGAGGGGGCAGAAAUCGGCUCAACAGAGAUAACCUUCAUACCAGAGAAGAUCAGAGGUGGAAUCCACACUGCAGAUACGAAGACAGCAGGGAGUGUGUGCCUCUUGAUGCAGGUUUCAAUGCCUUGUGUUCUGUUUGCUGCUUCUCCAUCGGAGCUUCGCUUGAAAGGUGGAACUAAUGCUGAAAUGGCACCGCAGAUUGAUUACACCAUGAUGGUGUGAAUGCAGACAAGGUUGGAAUUGAAGCUGCUGAAGUGCUAUUAGCAAAUCUCAGACAUGGCGGCACUGUGGACGAGUAUCUGCAAGACCAGCUGAUUAUUUUCAUGGCACUAGCAAAUGGAAUUUCCAGAAUAAAAACAGGACCAGUUACACUCCACACUCAGACUGCUAUACAUUUUGCUGAGCAACUAGCAAAG